GGGAGAUUUGACAAUUCGAAGAAGCCCCGCCCCAGGUGUCAGGGGAGCGGAGGAGACGAGAAGAAGUCAUUAUUAGAAAACGAAACCUAAGGUUCUUGAGAAGAAAACCGACGUGGAAGCAAUUCUCUCGUUAUAAAUAAAACUAAAACGAAUUUAGGAACAAAUACUCGGACAGACAGAAACCACAACAAGGAAUGGCCGCUGCUAACGCUUGCUGGUCUGGAGAGAACUUUUCAUGUUCCAUCUGUCUGGAUGAGUUCAGAAGCCCAGUUUCCACACCAUGUGGACACAACUUCUGCAGAACCUGUAUUACAAAGUUCUGGGAUGACCAAGUCCAGUACAAAUGUCCUUUAUGCAACGAGCUUUUCCACACUAGACCCGGUUUACGGGUCAAUACCCUCUUAUCAGAGUUGGCAGCUCAGAUUAAAACGUCUGUUCGAGUAAUAGAGAAGCCUUUUGUUGAUUCAGCAGAAGUUCCCUGUGACGUCUGUACUGGGACCCAGCUGAAGGCCGUGAAGUCCUGCCUAAUGUGUUUAAUCUCUUACUGUCAAACCCACCUCGAGCCACAUCAGAGAGUUGCAGGCCUGAAGAAACAUGUACUAGUCGAGCCUAUGGACCGCCUGGAAGACCGGAUGUGCAGGAAACACGACCGACUUCUGGAGCUCUUCUGCCAGACCGAACAGGUGUGUGUGUGUCAGUUCUGCACAGAGGCAGACCACAGGUCCCAUCGUGUUGUUCCUCUGAGGGAGGAAUAUGAAGUGAGGACGGCCCAGCUGGGGAAGAUAGAGGCUGAAGUUCCGCAGAUGAUCCAGGAGAGAAAACAAAGGAUUAAAGAGAUCAAAGACGAAGUAGAGUUGGGUAAAAAAGACGCAGACAGAGAGAUAGCCGAUGGUAUUCAGGUCAUGACAGAUCUGAUGCGCUGCAUUGAAAAGUGGCAGGAUGAUUUCAACACAACGGUUCAGGAGAAACUGAAAAUCACCGAGAAACGAUUUGAAGACCUCAUCAAAGAGCUGGAGCAGGAAAUAGAAGAUCUGACCAACAGAAGCGCCGAAGUGAGGCAGCUCUCACACACUAAAGACCACCUCUACUUCCUCCAGGCCUUCAGACCCCUGAUGAAUCCUCCACCCACCAGGGACUGGACGACGGUGGUCUGUCCUCCGUCAUACGAAGGGACCUUGAGGAGAUCCCUGGAUCAGCUGGAGGAGACACUGAACAUAGAGAUGAAGAAGCGGUGUGAUGCUGCUGAACUGAAGAGGGUCCAGCAGUAUGAAGUAGAUGUGACUCUGGAUCCUGAUACAGCUUAUCCCGGUCUCAUCCUGUCUGCGGAUGGGAAACAAGUACAUGAUGGAGGUGUAAGGAAGAAACUCCAAAACAACCCUAAGAGAUUCACAUAUUAUCCCCGUGUUCUCACGAGGCAGAGCUUCUCCUCUGGGAGGUUUUACUUUGAGGUCCAGGUGAGAGACAAGACUGCAUGGCGUUUAGGAGUGGCCAGAGAGUCCAUCGACAGAAAAUGUGCCAUCAAAGUGACCCCUGAGAUGAGUUACUGGACUCUUCACUCCUACGGCGAUGAGAUGGUGUUCAACGACGACCCUGAUGUUCAUCGCCCUCUGAGAGCUGAGCUCCAGAAGGUAGGGGUGUUUGUGGAUUAUGAUCAGGGCGUGGUAUCCUUCUAUGAUGUGGAGGCCAGGGUUAAUCUCUGCUCCGCUAUUGGCUGCACCUUUAGGGAGCCUCUCUAUCCAAUGCUCAGUCCAGGUUUAAUUGAAGGAGGUGCAAACUCCGCCCCCCUGAUCAUCUCACCCGUCAAUCAAACAGACUAGGAUAAUAAAAUGAAGAAGCAACCGCAUGACGAAGGUUGUUUCCUGAAGGAGAAUGUCUUCUGUGUAAGAUCUGAAAGAAAUGAUCGUUCUUCUGUUAAUUAACUAAUUAAUCAAGAAAAUAACAUAUUAUGAAACAUAACCCAUUAUAAAGGAUCAGAUAACACUAUGUUCAACGUUUUCUUUCAAGUUAAAUCCUAUGCUAUAAUUGUAAACGAUUUCAAUUAUGUAGAAUAUGUUGGGAGGAACAAUUUUCAUAACAUAAUAAUCUUUUUUUAAAUACUAGUUUAUACUUCUGAAUAACGAAUUAAAUGUUUGUAAACUUUUCUGAUUCAAUUCAAUAAAUUGCAAAAAGAAUGCACCUUCUCAUUGGAAUAGUUGCGUUGUGAGUACUGCAUAAUGUUUUCAGCAGAAUAGGUACUUCCUCACUACAAUGUGUGAGCAGCAGAAUAGGUACUUGGUCGACUUGCUUCAGUGUCCAAUGUCAACAAUAACAACAGAAAACCAAUCAAAAAAGAGUCUUGUACAUGAAGGCACCUCCUAGCUAUCCCUGAAAUCCCUCAAUCUGUGCUCUACUAACCUGGCCUAUUCAGUUGUGACUUCUAAUCGCCAGUAGGUGGCAAUGUUGGUCUACGUGACUGUUCUCCCUGCAGAUUCCUGUCGUUAUUCGUCUCCGACCGAUUAUUGAGAUUGAAAUCUUUAAUUAAUGGGUUGCAUCGUCUCCGACCGGACAAUGUUCAAAUAUAAUCUUCUAUGAUUCAAACAGUAGGCCUAUACAAUCUCAUUGCAAAAAAUAUUUAAGAUGUAUGCAUUUUAAUAUAGCCAACGUUUUUAUGUUUAAUUAAGGAAGAUAAAACACCUGCUAUCCUAGAACACUACCUUAGCUAAUUUGAUAGUAGACAGUAAAGCCAUGCAUUCACGCACAGAUGUGCCUGUCAACUACGCUGGUCCAAACUAGAACCAGUUGACUAGGUUAACAGGUGAUAGCCUGGAAGUCUCAAACAAACUGUUCUUCUUACACUCUGUGCUAGUCUGAAAGUCAGCCAAUGACCUCGGGCUCCAUAUUUUGAGUGACAAGUGACAAGUGUCAAAAUGCAUACAGUAAAUGUUCCAUGUGAGUAAUGCGCUAACGUAACCGUGGUGACGGCGAAGUGGAAAAUGUGAUUCGGAUGGCAGGUUUUUUAGAGAUUGCCAUUCUGGAAAAUCCUGUUUUCCUAACCUGGACAUUUUCUGCCACGCUAUGGAUUUACCAACUGAUGAAAGAUAUACUCGGUAACACACACACACACACACACACACACACACACACACACACACACACACACACACACACACAUACACACACACACACACACACACACACACACACACACACACACACACACACACACACACACACACACACACAGGGACUCAGACUCC